AUUAAAAUUUCAUUUUUCUCUCUACUUUCGUCUCACAGUUUGAGGGCGAGAACCCAAUUGAGAUUGUCUCUGUUCUGAUCCAAAAUUUUCCCGGAAAGUCUCUGUUUUUUUUCUCGGAGAAAUGCGGGAAGAUUACAGAACAUGAGGCUUUUCUCGGGAAAACAAUGAGGUCUUCGUUCUGGCCAGACGAAUCCAAUUCUCCAUCUACCUCAAGCUCACGUAUUCCUCGGGCUGUCCCAAGCCUCCCAAAUUCCAAGCACAGUGAUAGGAAUGUCUUUCAACUCUUAGCAAAGAGAGAGAUAUCUCCUAGGGCAAAGCAUUCGUCGAAAAAGCUAUGGAGAGAGAAUUCUAAGCGUCAUGCUGAUUCCUUUGGGUUACGAUGUGAAGCAGCAAGAGAUGCGAGACAUGGUCUUGUGUCGUGGGUGGAAGCAGAGUCAUUGAGGCAUUUAUCAGCCAAGUAUUGUCCACUGUUACCUCCUCCUAGGUCAACUAUUGCGGCAGCCUUCAGUCCCGAUGGGAGAACACUUGCUUCCACACAUGGGGACCAUACGGUAAAAAUAAUCGAUUGUCAAACUGGGCGAUGCUUAAAGGUGUUAAGUGGUCAUCGGAGGACACCUUGGGUGGUUAGAUUCCAUCCAUUAUAUCCUGAAAUUCUUGCUAGUGGAAGUUUGGAUCAUGAAGUUCGCUUAUGGGACGCGAACACAGCAGAGUGCAUAGGAUCGCGUGAUUUCUAUCGUCCUAUUGCUUCUAUUGCUUUCCAUGCCCAAGGGGAACUUCUGGCUGUAGCUUCAGGGCACAAGCUAUACAUAUGGCACUACAACAGGAGAGGGGAGACAUCUUCACCAGCCAUAGUACUGAAGACACGCCGUUCACUUCGAGCGGUGCAUUUUCACCCGCAUGGUGCCCCAUUUCUUCUAACUGCUGAGGUCAAUGAGCUGGAGGCAUCAGAUUCCACAAUGACACUAGCAACUUCUCCGGGUUAUUUGCACUAUCCUCCUCCUACUGUAUAUUUGGCAGAUGCUCAUUCUGCUCAGAGAGUGGAUCCUUCUGCUUCCGUGCGGCUUCUCACAUAUUCAACUCCGUCGGGGCAGUAUGAACUUCUGUUGUCUCCUGUUGAACCUAGUAGCUCCCCUGUACUGGAAGAACCAAGAACUAAUUCUUUAUUGAGGGAAAUGGAAAAUGCUGUUUCUCAACCUGCAAUUGAUGCUAUGGAUACUGAAGUGCAGACUGAAGAGAGAAGCAAUCGGUUCUUUCCAUUUGGUGACCCAACAUAUUGGGAACUACCAUUUUUGCAAGGGUGGCUGAUUGGUCAAAGCCAAGCUGGCCAACGCACAAUGCGUCCACUUAAUGGUGGUGCUUAUGAAAAUUCAUCUGCAUAUAGUGAAAUAGAAAAUCUCCCUCCGAUGGUUCCCUCAACAAUGCCUACUAGUGUAGGUCAAUCUACAAUUACUGCAAGAUCUGGUUCACGGCACCGUUCUUCACGCUCUCGUAUGAUGCCCAUAAUUGGAUCUGGUGAAGAUGCUGCUUUCAAUAAUGUGGCACGUGAUGAAAGUCGUCCCCAACCUUUUGUUAGCCGCAUCCAAACUGAGCUUGCCACAUCAUUGGCUGCAGCAGCAGCCGCAGAGUUACCUUGCACCGUGAAGCUUAGAAUAUGGUCACAUGAUGUUAAAGAUCCUUGUAACCCUCUUGAUGCAGACAGAUGUCGCUUAACUAUACCACAUGCCGUACUUUGUAGCGAAAUGGGCGCCCAUUUUUCGCCUUGUGGUAGAUUUUUAGCAGCCUGUGUUGCAUGUGUGCUGCCACAUCCAGAAGCUGAUCCUGGUUUACAGACCCAGGUGCACCAUGAUGUAGGGGCUGCAACAUCCCCCACACGGCACCCAAUUUCAGCCCACAAAGUCAUGUACGAACUUCGGAUAUAUUCCCUCGAGGAAGCGACAUUUGGUUUGGUGCUUGCAUCACGGGCAGUCAGAGCUGCUCAUUGUUUAACUUCAAUUCAGUUCUCUCCCACCUCGGAGCACUUGUUACUCGCCUACGGCCGUCGCCAUAGUUCACUCCUUAUGAGUGUUUUGAUUGAUGGAGAGACAACAAUACCCAUUUACACCAUUCUGGAGGUCUACAGAGUUUCUGAUAUGGAGCUCGUGAGAGUUCUUCCUAGUGCAGAAGAUGAGGUCAAUGUAGCAUGUUUUCAUCCUUCUGUUGGGGAUGGCCUAGUCUAUGGAACCAAGGAAGGGAAGCUGAGGAUCCUCCAAUAUGAUAGUUCUCAUGGCUUUAAUUACACACCAUCCUGUUCUCUUGAUGAAAACAUGCUUGAGGUCCCGACCUAUGCUUUAGAAUGCUAGUUACUAUUGGUCUUUGCCAACAUAUGAAAGGGAGAAGUCAAUGGCAUGCAGAUCAUGGAUAUGCCGCGGCUGACUGCUGUAAUACCUGAUUCUUAUAGUAACCCUACACCAUACUGACGUUGCCGUGUCUGAAUGCUCCUGUAGGUUCACACCUGGUACUAAAAUAGGAGUUUGUAAUUCUCAUUUUUUAGAUGUUUGUAUGUUGUCAACACCAUUAGGAAAUAUCCACAGCUAGAAUGCUCGGCUAACUUGCAAAGACAUGGGUCAGCUCCCAGCCAAGAGGGGUCAUGUUGUAUAAAAGUGUUAUCUUCAUUCGGGGUUCUGAAGGAUUUUCCAAAAGACGUAUGCGUGAAGACGAGCAAUGGUGACAACACCAUAGUGUGGGAAAAUGCUUUGAGUUUUAAAUUUAUCGAAAAUAAACUAGCAGUUGUUUCUAAAACAUCUUCUUAAUGUAGAAUUCAUUGCAAGGAAUGUUGGCUUGUACAUUAGAAAUUUAUAUGGUCAUUUGAUUCCAGCUUAAAAAGAAUAGCAAGUCUCUUUCAGAUCAAGAGUGAUAUGAUUUCUUUCCUGUA